UUGGCUGUGCAGGGCAUUUCUGGAGCACCAGUCAGUGACAACCUGCUGGAAUGGGUAGCCAGAGUCCGGGGUCUGAAGGAUUCUCUAUGGGAAGGGGGCAUGGUUCAGCUGUAUCUGCGAUACAGUGAGGGUUACAACUCUGUCCCACCAACCGUUGUAUUCAACACUAUCCCGUUCCAUCCAAACGUGGAAGACCAUGUAUCAACUUCCUUGACAGUAAAGAGACUUGGAACCCCAGACUGUCCCACUAGUAUUCUACUCACAGUACAGGUAAUGCUGUCUAACCCCGUCCUGGAAAAUGCUGUAAAUACCGAGGCUGCAGAAAUGCUAAGGACGGAGACAUCAAUAUUCAGACAAGUGGUGUUAGACAGUGUCAGCAAUAGCCUGCAGCUCCAGAGUGGAACCAGCAUCUCCGAGGACCACAUUGCAGCCUCUCAGUCACCAGAGACCCCAUCAGCAGGACCUAGCCCUGAGCACUGUAGAACUGUCAAGAAAGUAUGUUUUGAAGAGUAUUUGAAAACCUGGUCUGGAAUUGCCACAUCAAAGGCAACACAACAUGUAACAAAUCCAUUGCUGGAGGAGUUAGUGUUGCAACCUGUUCUGCAUGCAAUGCAUUAUGGUUUGCAAGGAACAGGACUCGCAGAGGAAGCAAAUGCACAAAAUGAAGCGUACAGUGCCAUCAUGUACGGACCAUGUGUUAAACAAAAACAAAAACAUGUUACAAUAGAUGAAAAACUAGCAAAAAUCAACAAAAUGAAAAGGAUUUAUCUGCCAAGUGGAACACCAGAGGCCAGCACUCCGCUGCAGACAGAAUGGACAGGAAGACUGCCCUCCCGUGACCCUCACCGCAGCAGCAGACACAAAGAGGAGCUCUGGGAGAGGGAGGUGGACAAUCUGGUUGCCUGGACCAACUCUCUCCACUUGGAAGAGUUAGAGGAAGAUUGACAACAAAAGAUAUCAAAUAAAAACGUUGCAGCGAUCGUGUUGAACAUGAGGACCACGUGAAAAAAACAAGUCUGAGUUUUGUUGUUCUGAAUAUUAAGGACCAAGGUCUAAUGACUCAAGAAGCCCACAUACAGUAGUAUGGUGCACACAGAGGUAUCAUGACCUCCUGUCCACCUCCAACUCCUCUUGUUUCACUCAGUCUGAGGCACAGAAGGAGCACCCUGAAGGCAGUGCUAAACCCCACAGCCUGUGGCAUUUAUAACAAUUUGAAUGUUCUCACUACUUACUCAGGCUGCUUCCUGUGUAUUAUAUAUUGUUUCAAAGUGCUUUUCAAAGAGAGUUGGGAUUUUAAGUAUGCACUUGAAGAGCGGUGUACUGUAACUCUUUUUCUUGUUUUCUCAAUGUGGUGGAUUGCAUUGCCUGGUUUGGGCCGAGAGACUGAGAUCACACGGGAGUCCCAAAAUUGAAACGGCUGCACCACAUACCCCUUGUAAACAGGUAAGGUGUUGAUAAUCCGAGUUUACACAGGACAAUAUCAAAGCACUCCGUAAUGCUUCUCGAUUUUUAAGUGAAGAACCUUGCUUAAACACAUAAUGGGAAGAAAGUACAGUACUGUACAUUGAACUUGUAUUUGAAAUAAAAAUGUUUCAUUAUACCCGGAUCUGUCCUGUAACUUGAAAUAUAGAA